GUGACUGUUCAAACAUGAUUUUGUGUUUCAUAAGAUUCUCAUUAACUUGCUGCUAAAUGUUGCUUCUAUUAUCUAUAAAAGUUCUAUGGAAUUAUUACUAAUAUUUUGUAAUAAAAAAAAUUGCAUUUCUUAAUUUUUAAUUAAACAAGUGGAUCAAAAGAAUCCUUACUUUGUUUAAAUGUGAUUUAGUAAAGAUUCAAUUAUAUUAACAUAAACGGAAUAUAUGUAGCUAAUGACAUUAAAAUCCGUUAACUGCAUUCGUUUAAAAAACAUAAACAGCAGCAAAAAUGAGCCAAGUUGUGAAAUAAAAUGCAGUUGAGCUUUGUGGCCUUGACUUAAUUGUAGAUGAUUUGUUUAUUUUGCAAAUUGUACAAAUUGUCAUAUUAAUCCUAGUCGUCAAGUAUUUAUUUUUUAUUUAUCCUUUAAACAUGUCCACACAGAAGAGAACCGUAAUACAUUGGUUUAGAAAGGGUCUUAGAGUUCAUGAUAAUCCAGCAUUAAUCAAAGCGUGUGACACUGUACGUUCAAACCCAACUGUUUAUUGUUUACGUCCGAUAUUCAUAUUAGAUCCUGAUUUAUUAAAAUGGUUAAAAGUUGGAGCCAACCGGUGGCGUUUUCUUCAAGAAUCUCUACAGCAAUUACAUGAGAACCUUACAAAAAUAAAUUCAAGACUUUACGUCGUACGCGGCAAUCCAACUACGGUUUUUCCAAAAAUUUUUGAGAAUUGGAAUGUUGUUCAACUAACAUUUGAAACUGAUAUUGAACCAUAUUCCGUUAAAAGAGAUAAUGAUGUGGAAGUGAAAGCAUUUGAACAUGGAGUAAUGGUUUAUCAAUUUGCAUCGCAUACAAUUUAUAACCCUCAAUUAGUUUUACAAAAAAAUGGAGACAAAGCUCCGGUAACUUAUCAAAAGUUCAUGUCAAUUGUAGAAAAAAUUAAAGUUUCAGCUGCCCUAGAUGUACCAGAAAAAUUACCAAAAGCUACCAUUCCUUCCAAUGAUUCAGAGGAAAACCAAAAUAAUAAAUGCUAUGAUGUUCCAGCUUUAAAUGAACUAAUUUCAGACAAAUCUUUGCUGGGACCUAGAAAAUUUCCAGGUGGUGAAACGGAAGGUCUAAAUAGGCUUAAAAGGUAUUUAAAAGAUACUGAAUAUAUAUGCACAUUCGAAAAGCCCAAUACCUCACCAAAUUCUCUUGAACCUAGUACUACAGUUCUCAGUCCUUAUUUGAAAUUUGGAUGCCUUAGUUCUCGAUUAUUUUUUCAUAAAUUGAAUGAAGUUUUAAAAAAAAAUCCUAAACACUCAAAACCUCCGACAUCGCUAUUGGGCCAAUUAAUGUGGAGAGAAUUUUAUUAUACGGCUGCAGCUUCCGAUCCUAAUUUUGAUAAAAUGAUUGGUAAUAAGUUUUCAUACCAAAUCCCAUGGCAAGAAAAUAAAACGUAUUUAGAAGCAUGGUCACAUGGGAAAACAGGUUACCCUUUUAUAGACGCUAUUAUGAGACAGUUAAGACAAGAAGGUUGGAUACAUCAUUUAGCACGACACGCUGUAGCCUGUUUUUUAACAAGGGGGGAUUUAUGGAUUUCCUGGGAAGAAGGUCAAAAAGUAUUCGAGGAACUAUUAUUAGACGCAGAUUGGGCUUUAAAUGCCGGAAACUGGAUGUGGUUGUCAGCAUCAGCGUUUUUCUAUAAAUAUUUUAGGGUUUAUAGCCCUGUAGCUUUCGGAAAAAAAACAGACCCUGAAGGAAAAUAUAUAAAAAAGUAUUGUCCAGAAUUAAAAAAUUAUCCUGCUGGUAUUAUAUAUGAGCCUUGGAAAGCAUCGUUAAAUAGUCAAAAAGAAUAUGGUUGUGUUUUAGGGAAAGAUUACCCGAACAGGAUAGUGAUACAUGAAACCAUACAUAAAGAAAACUUGAGUAAAAUGGCCGAGGCUUAUAAACUUAAUAAACAAUUAAAGGAUAAUGUAAAUGAUACAUCCAAAAAGAGAAAAAUUGAAAACCCCAAGUCUUCAUCAAAAAAGAUGAAAAAGUGAAAUGCGAAAAAUGUUAAUUUGUAAAUUUUUUGUAUC